CUUAAUGAGGGUAGCCUCUUUCCUUGCCUUAAAACUGUAUCACAGAUACUGUCCAGCCCUAGUAAGACAUCGGCCCACAGCUGAUGGGUCUGUGCAUAUUGGAAGAGGUGGGGCUUAUGUACAAUGCAGCAGUGGGGAGAGGAAUCACUUAUGUAACUAGGACAACAGAUUUAGUGGAAGGACAGAGGAGGCAGAGAGACUCGGGAUGGGAGGAGUGAGCUGUCGGCAAGGGCAACAAACCCGGGUGGCUGCUUCUCGUAAGGUAGGCUAUAGGGCUGUAGCAGCCUGUUGAGGGAAAGUGAAGCAUGAGCCGGGGGCUUAGGAAAUAACUGGUUAGGAGCAGUCAGUGACGGGUGUGUGUGUGUGUGUGUGUGUGUGUGUGUGUGUGUUAGGAGCAGUCAGUGACGGGGUGUGUGUGUGUGUGCGCGCGCGCGCGCACCAGAGAGGGCAUAUAACUUUAAACCAUUGCAACACUAUUCUGAGAUUGUAUUCUUAGUACAUUAUGGAGAAAGUGUCUAAUGCUUUCCCAGAGGAUUUGGAUUAUGUCUAGGAAAUCCAGGUCUUAUCACAAAGCGAGGCUAGUAGGAAGCUAGGCCUAGUACUCAAAACUGUACCUUCAGUGGCUGAGGUAUGAGGGGAGGGAGUACCUACAAACAUGGGUAUAACCAAUAAUGCUUCAGGGCUAGGUUUAGAGUGGCUCCCUUGCUUCUCAGGGUGGCAACAUCCAGGUCCCCUGGGUCCGAGGCUGGAAGAGCCUCUGGUCAGGUGUGGGGUCCAUGAGAUCAGGUCUGGAAGAACUCUGGGAACUACAGGGGCAUCAGUGCCUGCACCAGGAGACCCUAGAGAAGCCUCUGUCUGAGUGGCCUGUACCUCAGUUCAUCGACCUCUUUCUACCAGAGUUUCCCAUAAGGCCCAUUAGGGGGCAGCAGCAGCUGAAGAUUUUAGGCCUAGUGGCUAAAGGGUCUUUUGGAACUGUCCUGAAGGUGCUAGAUUGUGCUCAGAAAGCUGUAUUUGCAGUCAAGGUGGUAUCCAAGGUGAAAGUCCUACAAAAGGACACACUGAGGCAGUGCAAAGAGGAAGUUAGCAUCCAGCGACAAAUCAACCAUCCUUUUGUACAUAGCUUGGGAGACACCUGGCAGGGAAAACGGCACCUCUUUAUUAUGUGUAGCUACUGCAGCAAAGAUCUGUAUUCCCUGUGGUCUGCUGUUGGCUGCUUUCCUGAGGCUUCUGUCCGUCUCUUUGCAGCUGAGCUGGUCCUUGUGCUGUGCUAUCUCCAUGACUUGGGCAUCAUCCAUCGAGAUGUGAAGAUGGAGAAUGUUCUUCUGGAUGAACGAGGCCAUCUGAAACUGACAGACUUCGGUCUGUCCCGCUACCUGCCCCAGGGAGCCCGAGCCUAUACUAUCUGUGGCACUCUUCAAUACAUGGCCCCAGAGGUCUUGAGUGGUGGCCCUUACAACCAUGCUGCUGAUUGGUGGUCCUUGGGUGUCGUGCUUUUCUCUCUGGCAACUGGGAAGUUCCCAGUGGCUGCAGAGAGCGAUCAUGUGGCCAUGUUGGCAAGUGUGACACACUGUGAGUCUGAGAUCCCAGCUUCUCUUAAAAAGGAGUUCUCACUCCUGCUUCAGGAGGUAAGGCUCUUAUGCCAAAACCCCCUCCACCGUCUACGUUAUCGGCAUCACUUCCAGGUCCACCCUUUUUUUCGGGGUGUGGUCUUUGACCCAGAGCUCCUACAGAAGCAGCCAGUGAGCUUUGUCCUGGAGACACAAGAUACCCGGCCCAGUCCAUUGGAUUCCAUGGCCUUCGAAGACUUUGACUGUGACCUGGAGCCCUUCCUUGUCCAUUCUGUCCCUGCUUGACCCUCUCUACUGUAGAGAGAGGAUCACUGGGGCUGAGCUGGGAUCUUGAGGAUCUCCCUCACUGACUCAGUAUGACCAGCUUGAUUAUCUAGUUUUUACUUUGUAGCCCUUUACCAUUCAAUUCUUCUAGGUAACCUUUUCCUUUGCUUCACUUCUCUGGUGCAUACCCUGAAGCUGUCGUCUACAAGCUUUUGCCUCUCCUUGUUUCUCUGCCAUGUUUCCUCUCUUGGGCAGUAGUGACGCAUCAUGAGUUCCUAAGGUGCUAUUCAUAUGUUUAAAAGGAUGGUCAUAAACAAUGUGAUUAUUUUUCAAAGGUCUCAAGCUGGGUGUGGUAGCACAUACCAGUAAUCUUAGCACUCAGGAGGCUGAGG